UCAAAAAAAAACGUAAUAUUUUAAUCGUGUGAAGUUAGUCGCAAUCCCUAGCCUAUUCGCGGACAGUGUUUCGCAAUAAAUUUUAUAAAAUAAUCUAAAAUUUAAUUAAAUAGCCAUGUUAUCCAGCCUGAGGACUGGAGUUCAGGGUCUGUGGCGUGUGUCGUCGAGGGCUCUGCAGACCAGCUCAAGGUUGCAGUCUGAUGCCCUCUUCGUUCACAGAGACACCCCUGAGGACAAUUCUAGCAUUCCUUUUGAAUUUACGCCGGAGAAUAAAAAGCGAGUUGAUGCUCUGCUAGAGUUAUAUCCAGAAGGCCACAAGCGCUCGGCUAUGAUCCCGCUGUUGGAUCUAGCUCAGCGUCAGAAUGGAGGCUGGCUUCCCAUCUCUGCCAUGCAUAAGGUGGCAGAGAUCAUCAAUGUACCACGUAUGAGAGUUUACGAAGUCGCUACAUUCUACACUAUGUUUAUUAGGAAACCAGUAGGCAAGCACCACAUAAUGGUGUGCACGACCACUCCGUGCUGGCUGCGCAACUCUGAUGCCGUCCUGAACACCAUCAAGAAGGAAACCAACUGCGAGGUCGGGGGCACCAGCCCCUGCGGGAAAUUCUCCAUCUCUGAGGUGGAGUGUCUUGGAGCCUGCGUCAACGCGCCCAUGAUUCAAGUAAACGAUGACUAUUACGAAGAUCUCACAGUUGAAGACACAAAGGAGAUCAUUGACAAGCUAAAGAGGGACGAGAAACCCAAACCAGGACCAAGAAAUGGAAGGUUCGCGGCGGAGCCCCUCGGAGGCCUAACGUCUCUCACGGAGGAACCCACCGGCCCGGGCUUCGGACUGCAAGACACCUUCAAAUGAAACAAUGUUGAAUAUUUUGUAAAUUUUAUUUCAUAGGUCUUAUUUAAAUAAAUCAAUCAUGUUAGAUCAA